CGCCGCCCGGGCCAUUUUGCGGCGCGAUGAGGCGGGAGCGGCGGUGAGCAGCGCCCGUCCCGCCCCGCUCCGCUCGCACCGCCGGGCACGGCCCUCCUGAGGGCGAGCGCACACAGCCAGGGGACAGCGAGCCCCCCAGCGCCCCCCGCCCGCCCCCUCAGCGCCGGCGGAGCCAUGAGCUGGGGCACGGAGCUGUGGGACCAGUUUGACAACCUAGAAAAACAUACACAGUGGGGUAUUGAUGUUCUGGAAAAGUACAUCAAGUUUGUCAAAGAAAGAACAGAGAUUGAACUCAGCUAUGCAAAGCAGCUUAGGAAUCUUUCAAAGAAAUACCAACCCAAGAAGAACUCCAAAGAGGAGGAAGAAUACAGGUACACAUCAACCAGAGCCUUCCUAGCCACUUUAAAUGAAAUGAAUGACUAUGCUGGGCAGCACGAGGUCAUCUCAGAGAACAUGACCUCCCUGAUCACUGGAGAGUUAACACGCUACGUGCAGGAGCUGAAACAGGAGAGAAAAUCGCACUUCCACGAUGGCAGAAAGGCACAACAACACAUUGAAACUUGCUGGAAACAACUCGAAGCAAGUAAAAGGCGAUUUGAACGUGAUUGCAAAGAAGCUGAUCGAGCACAGCAGUAUUUUGAGAAAAUGGAUGCUGACAUCAACGUGACAAAAGCAGAUGUUGAAAAGGCAAGACAGCAAGCACAGCUGAGACAUCAGAUGGCAGAAGACAGCAAAGCUGAAUAUUCYUCCACCUUACAGAAGUUCAACAGUGAGCAGCAUGAGCAUUACUACACACACAUACCAAACAUCUUCCAGAAAAUACAAGAGAUGGAGGAAAGAAGAAUCGUGAGGAUAGGUGAAUCCAUGAAAACCUUUGCAGAAGUCGACCGCCAAGUGAUCCCAAUCAUUGGGAAGUGUCUGGAUGAGAUAACAAAGGCUGCAGAAUCAGUGGAUCACAAGAAUGAUUCCCAGAUGGUAAUAGAAGCCUUUAAAUCAGGGUUUGAGCCUCCGGGAGACAUCGAAUUUGAGGAUUUCACGCAGCCCAUGAAGAGGACGGUGUCAGAAACCAGCCUGUCCAACUCCAGAGGGGAUGGCAAGUCAGAGCUCAAGUUUGGUAGCAAAUCCAAGGGCAAGUUAUGGCCAUUCAUCAAGAAAAAUAAGCUUAUGUCCCUUUUAACAUCCCCCCAUCAGCCCCCUCCUCCUCCCCCUGCCUCUGCCUCACCCUCUGCUGUUCCCAACGGCCCCCAGUCUCCCAAGCAGCAAAAGGAACCCCUCUCCCAUCGCUUCAACGAGUUCAUGACCUCCAAACCCAAAAUCCACUGCUUCAGGAGCCUAAAGCGUGGGCUUUCUCUCAAGCUGGGAGCAGGCCCAGAAGACUUCAGCAAUCUCCCACCUGAGCAAAGAAGAAAGAARCUUCAGCAAAAGGUCGAUGAGCUAAACAGGGACAUUCAGAAGGAGCUGGAUCAGAGAGAUGCCUUAACGAAGAUGAAAGAUGUGUAUGUCAAGAACCCCCAGAUGGGAGAUGCAGCGAGCGUGGACCACAGAUUGGGAGAGCUGGGGCAGAACAUUGAAAAGCUGCGGUUGGAAGUUCAGAAAUUCGAGGGCUGGCUGGCAGAGGUGGAGGGGCGGCUCCCAGCACGGACAGAGCAGCCCCGGCGCCAGAGCGGGGUCUACGAGACUCAGAACCCAUCAGGAGUGAACAGCUGUGCCCAGGACCGUGAGAGCAGCCCCGAUGGCAGUUACACAGAAGAGCAAAGCCAGGAGACUGAGWUGAAAGUACCUGCAACAGACUUUGACGAUGAGUUUGAUGACGAAGAACCACUACCCACCAUAGGAACGUGUAAAGCGCUCUACACAUUUGAAGGUCAGAAUGAAGGAACAAUCUCUGUAGCAGAAGGAGAGAUGCUCUAUGUAAUAGAAGAAGACAAAGGUGACGGGUGGACGCGAAUCCGAAGGAACGAAGACGAGGAGGGCUAUGUCCCCACAUCCUAUGUUGAAGUCUAUUUGGACAAAAAUGCCAAAGAUGUGCACAAACCACUUCAGAAAAUCUCUGAGUAGGUUUGCAUAGGCCUGCCCACCCUUUAUUCUCCUGGUUUGCUGCUACGGUUGUUUUAAGAGCUCUCUUUGAGAAGGUUUUCUUUAGAAGAGAUGAAAGCACAUGUCAUAUCUCCAUCACUGAAAGACUUUGUUAGGUACCAGGUCGGCUCUGAAAUGUCCCUGCUGAGGAAGGUGCUGCCCUGAMCAUGUCCAUUUAGUGCAAACAGCAUUGCUGUCCUCCCAAACAGGAAUGAGAGCUGCACGAAGCUGUUCUGUGCACACCUGGGUGCAGCACCUUGCAGGGCUUUUCUGUCCCCAUCCGGUGUCUGGUGCUGACAACUCUCAAACACAGGAACCAGUUGGGCCUUUCAGCUCAAGACUGACCACCCUGUGUUGCUGACUGUGGUACCUCAUCAUCUGCUUGGCUACAGAGCUGUCUUUCACUGAGGGAUGUUGUGAAAUGGUGUGAGACACAAAAAAUCCUGCGUGGAGUAAGCAGCUCUGUGUGAACCCUGCAUUGCACCCAACAGAAAUGCCACGUUCCCUUGCAGCACAGAGCCURGCUGUUUGUUUGGGUGCCAUGCAGGAACAGAGGCUGGUUUGGGAAGUCAAAUUUCUUGAUAAAAACUAUUUUGGAGCCGUGGGCUGCUGAGCAUUUUGGCUCCUUUGUCGCUGUGGGUCUGUUCCCCCUCACCUCUGAUGAUCUCAGUCAYUCCUUAUGGGCAGCUCUGGAUUCCCAGUGCUGCAGCUCUGCUGUUUGCUGUAACCAUCGUGCAGAGCCUUGACUUACAUAAAUAAAUAGGUAAAAGUUAACCACGCUGAUGCACUUUUUAUCUAGGAUAUAUCUGAUUAUUUAAUGCUUGCCAAAUUAUUUAGGAAUCGGUAAUUAUAAACUGGACUGUGGCUCUUAAAAAAAUCCUUUUUGUUAAAUAUGUGCCCUUAGUUCUCCCAGUAUAAAAAAAAUUGUAUAUAACAUAACUUAAAAACUAAAGUUACUUGAAUUUGAAUUGUUUUUAUCCUUUUAUAUGUGUAUAAAUAUAAAUGGUUUUAUAGGCUGUUCUUCUGCUUAACCCAGCUGUUUUGGUAACUACUCAGUCCCUCUGAUGUUAAGUGUUUUUGGUUACUCAGCUACCUGGACUUGCAUAGGAACUGCUAUUGUGUUAAGGUUUGUUCAGUCUGGCCAGUGUGGUUGUCUUGUUUCUAUUCUUAUUUUUUAAAGAAUCAUCAUCUGUCAGGAAUCUCUUUAUAGCUUGAUGUACCAUGGUGUCUUCUUCUAAUAAACAUUAUAUUUUCUCAUU